UAUUUUUUUUUGUUGUAGCUCUUGCCAAAAUGGAACCUGGCAAUGUUCUGAAAAAGUAUGUCCUGGCGUUUGUACAGCAUGGGGAGAAUCUCACUUCAAAACAUACGAUGGCAGAAUAUUUGAUUUCCACGGGGAAUGUGAAUAUAUUUUGAGUAAAGGAAAAAUGAAAGGCGCUUCGUACUCACUCUCUAUUCAAAAUGUACCGUGUGGUACAGGAGGUGCAACAUGCAGUAAAUCUUUUACUCUUGAAAUGGGUACAUUAACAACUGAUAGGGGAGACAUAAAUGAGUUAAUUGCUGAAGCAGAGAAGAUAACAUUUACAAAAGAUGAACCCAUGCCUAAAACAAGUCUCUCUUCACGAUUUGUUGUCUUUGAAUCGGGCCUGUUUGUUAUGAUUUACACCGACAUUGGUGUCACUAUCAGGUGGAACAAGGGAACGCUCAUCUAUGUCACUUUGGAUCCAAAAUGGAGGAACAGGGUGCAAGGCCUUUGUGGAAAUUUUAAUGAUGAUCAAUUAGACGACUUUUGCACUCCCUCUGGCAAUUUGCCAGAAGUAAAUGCCUCAAUAUUUGCUGACAGUUGGAAAAUUCACGAAUUCUGUCCCAAACCGCACACUUUCGAGGAUAUGUGUUCUAUUCACCCUCACAGGAAAAGCUGGGCUCAACACAAGUGCGGAGUGUUGAAAUCGGAAUUGUUUUCACCUUGUCGAGCUGUUGUGAAUGUGGAGCCAUUUUAUGAAAG